AGGACACCUGAAAAAGUCAAAAAGUAUUUCACCAUAAAAUCCUUGAUAUACACUCGGCCAGGUCAGGUUAGAGAGCAGUCGAUCCAGAUAUUAGUUGGAGAUCCAAGAGACAGUCUUCUAUCUCAACUUGUUACGAUGUCCAAGUUUGUGCUGCUUGCUGUGGUCAUGGUACUACAAGUGUGCUUGACCAUGGCGGACAUUUCAGCCAAUGCAACUGAAUCCCAAGGAGUUCUAGAGAGGGCCAAAGAGGCAUACAAGGAACUGAAGACUAAGGUUGUCGAUGUUGGCAGUACAGCAGUUGAAUUCGUUCACAUGUACUAUGAGGACCAGGUGAAGCCUGUGACUGACCCAUACAUUGAGUGGGCUAAAGAGAAAGCAAGAUCUUUUUGGGACAAAAUCAAAGAUAAAGUGUCCAGAGAUGGGUCUGAUUAAAGUGACAAAAUAUCUGCAACACAACAACAAAUCAAUAAUACCUUACAGAUACGUGUAAUCAAUGAUUCGUUCUAUACUGUGUGAAGUAGCCAUGAACAAACUGCAAGCACAUAGCCAAGUAAAGAAGUCAUGUAACUCUCUUGAAAUGACAUUUUUUAUUGAAAUUAAAUAUGCAUCAGUACAUCAGUUUUACGUUGUGCUGUAAUGUCCCCAUCUUUUCUGUAGUAUGAUGGCAAAUAAAAAAAAAAAUCUCAAUGGCA